UGUAAGUUUAGCGUUUAGUAUUAUUUCCUAGCUUUAUUGGUUGAGUCAGUUUGAUAACGCGGAUUUUUAAUAAUUUCUCAAGAGCUUGACUUUGAAUAAAACUUGAAAGUUAAAUUCAGUUUAUUUAUUACUGACGAUUAUGGCGCCAUCAACAACUGAUGAAAAAACUGAAACCUCAAACCCAACAACAGAUUUAACAACUUCAAACGGAAAUAGUUGUUCAUCAAAAUUACCAACAUGGAUAAAUGAAGAGAAUUUUCGAAAUGUCCUCGAGGAAAGUGUUCCAGGUUAUAAAAAAACAUUAAACUUUGAAGUUAAAGAAACUGGCGGUGGGGGAGAGAAUUAUGCAUCGAUGAUGAUGAGAGUGAAAGCUAAAGUCGAACUUCAAGAUGGGUCCACAAAAGACAUUGCAUUUAUGAUUAAAACAGUUCCAGAAGGCGAACUAGAAGCUCCAAUGGUCAAAAUGAUGGGUUUAUUUCCAAAAGAAACUUUAAUGUAUGGCAAGUAUUUGCGUGAAUUCGAAGAAACAUAUCGAUCAGUGGGUAAAGAAGUCACAUUUGGUCCGAAAUUUUACAAACUCAAAAAUGAUCCUGGUGUUGAGUAUGUUCUUUUGGAAGAUAUCUCAACGAGAGGAUUUAAAAACAUGAAUAGACAAAAUGGUCUCGAUAAGGAACACAUUAAAUCAGUUUUGAAAAUUGUAGCCGAACUACAUGCAGUUUCUGCUGUUCGAUUUGUACAAAAAGGUGAUUACGAAGAAUCCUUUAUGUUGAGUCCUUUUAGGAAUGAAACUCGGGAAAAUCUUGAAGCAAUGAUGAAACCUUUGUUAAAGAUUCAAGUAGAUUGCCUUAGCAAGCAAGAAACAGGAAGCAAAUAUUUGCCAAAACUGAAACCAAUAUUUGAUAAAACGACAGAGAAAUACAUUGAAUUUGGGGAACUCAAUUUAAACGAUUUUAAUGUUAUCGUUCAUGGUGAUUUAUGGACGAAUAACAUCAUGUUUCGACACAAUGACGAAGGCAAGAGGGAAGAGACAAUUCUAAUUGAUUUUCAAUUGAGUAAAUUUGCAACUCCUGCAGUGGACUUAUUCUACUUCUUGCUGUCUUCGGCAAGCUUAGACAUUAAAGUGUCCUGUUUUGAUGAAUUUAUUCAAUACUAUCAUGACAAUUUGGUAGAAAAUCUGAAAUUACUGAACUAUCCAAAGAAAAUACCAACACUAAAACAAUUGAGAAUGGAUUUGAUGAAAUAUAGUUUUUGGAGUAUUGCAGCAGUAACUGGUAUUUUAGCGGCUGUAUUAUUAGAUCCAAAUGAAAAUGCUUGUAUGAAUAAUUUCUUCGACGAAAACCAAGAAGCCAGUGAUUUUCAAAGACAAUUGUUUAACAAUCCAAGAUAUAUCAAGCAUUUGGAUGUUUUAUUGCCAUGGAUGGAUAAAAUGGGAUUUUUAGAUGAUUAACAAGAACAAAAU